GCGGCGACCCGAGCAGCAGCGAGCGCGGGAGAGGGUGGCCUGGAGGAUGAAGUGCAAGCCGAAUCAGACGCGGACCUACGACCCGGAGGGCUUCAAGAAGCGGGCGGCGUGCCUGUGCUUCCGGAGCGAGCGCGAGGAAGAGGUGCUGUUAGUGAGUAGCAGCCGGUACCCAGACCGCUGGAUCGUGCCGGGCGGGGGCUUGGAGCCCGAGGAGGAGCCGGGCAGCGCGGCGAUCCGAGAGGUGUUCGAGGAGGCGGGAGUCAAGGGGAAGUUAGGCCGGCUCCUGGGCGUCUUCGAGCAGAAUCAAGAUCGCAAGCACAGAACGUACGUGUAUGUCCUGACUGUCACUGAGGUUCUGGAGGAUUGGGAAGAUUCGGUGAGCAUUGGGAGGAAGCGAGAGUGGUUCAAAGUCGAAGAUGCGAUCAAGGUCCUCCAGUGCCACAAGCCCGUGCAUGCCGAAUACCUGGAGAAACUAAAGCUGGACGGUUCCGCCACCAGUGGAAACUCCGUGGCCCCGUCCGUCCCGGGGAGCGACCCCUAAUGAAUAACAAAGAUGUUCAGGAUUGCUUUGAAAGAAAAAUUAAUGUGAAUCAUCGAUCAAUGGAAUUGUCAAGUACAGGUGAAUACUUCCAUGUUUCCACGGAGACAGCUCAUCUGGGUUUCCUCCUACUUCUUGGGAUAGCCAUUCCCAGUCUAUUUUACUGAUUUCCUCUUGCCCUGGUCCUUGUACUGUUGUAUGUGAACAGACUCUUAAUUCAUCACCUAUAGCCUUUUAAUGUGCUUUUUUGAUGUGUCUGUCUUCUCCAUUAGACUGUAAUAUCCUUGAGAACAAGGGCCGUGUUUCCUUACUAUUUGCAUAUUCUGCAUCUAAGACACUACUUGAAAUAUAGUUGGCAUCACUGAAGGUUCUUUGAUUUAAUCUAUACUUUGUCAUCACUUUGUGAUAAAACAUUCCCUUUCCACUCUGGUGUUACUAGAGUAUAUGCUGUCUAGGCACCAUGUGUGUGACUUUAUCAGGUGUUUUUUCAGAAACUUUUCAAGGCUAUUGUAAGAUGUUCAAGGACAAGAAUUAUUACUUGUAUUUCUAUGUCAUACCACACAGUGGCUAGCACAGUUUUAAGAUUACCCCGUCACUUAGGGCAACAUUUUGUACAAUCAGUCCUUUGUGUAACAACUUUAAUGUUUUUGUACUGUUGUUAAUUUGCUUAAAAUUUUAUUCAAAAAAUAUCACUUGCUAUAAAACUAAUUGGAAAAGUAAAUACAAUGAACACAAGAUAAUAUUGUGAGUUUUUAUAAAAAUAAAUUUUAAAAUGAUGUACAAAUAAUAAAUUUGAAGUUUUUGCAAUGCCCUAAACCACUUCUUUCAUAUAAUCUUAACAUCUCUUUAAAGACUGUUUUUCUCAUUUUACAGAUUCAGUAUACUGUAUUAUUUGAUGCCAGAGCCAACAAAGACUGCAGUGUAGGUAGUUUCCAAAGUUAGUUACUCCUCUUAUCUUGCCUAG